UGUAUUACCGACGACAGCUUUACGGUAUAGGGCAGCGGCCAGAGAGGAUGCUACUGAGAAUGAUUGUGGUGAAGAUGAUUUUAAGGGGGCUCUAGCGGGUUCGUUUCCUAUUUCUUCAGCUUACAACCUCUGAACGGCGCGUUGUUUGUACCAGACAACAUAUGCGCCCGGAUGCGCCUGGACACAUUGUCCGGAGAGGAGCAUGUAACCGGGAGUCACGCACCGGCGGCGGCACCACCUGACUCUCCUUGUCUCCUCUUUAUUUGAGGCUUCUGGAUGUGUUGACUGAAACCCUGCUCCUGAUGCGUAUUGCCUAUUUUUAAUUCAGCAAAAUGAGCGAAGAAAUGUCAGAGGUUCCGAAAGAGCUGCUGGAGAGUGUGAGGGAUGCGGUGGGGAGAAAGGUGAAGCUGUCGCUGAGGAAAAGAGUCAAACUGGAGAUCAAAGGAGACAAGACGGAGAACAGAGUGUUGGCCCUUGCGUCUCACCGAGCCUACCUCUUGACCGCUCGCAUUCCUGCCAAGGUGGAACAUUCCUUUAACUAUCUGGAGAUGCAGGGGGUUUCUUGUAACAAGCCUACACAGCUGUUCUUAGAGUACGAGCGGGGCUCUUUCUCUCUAAAGCUGCUCUCUACAGAGGAGGUGAAUGAGGUGGUCGCCCAUAUAGGAAACUGUCUGCUGAGGAUAUGUCCCGGUCUACCACCAAAUAAAGUGAUGAAGAAGCUUUGCAUGGAGCCUCCAGACAGGCUGACCUCUCUGCAGACUCUGUGGGAGAACAACAAGACGGCUGAACCUGGGCCCUGCGGUGGCUUUUCACAGCUGUACAGAUGUGUUUGUGACUGGUUGGGGCUGCCUUACAGAGAAGAAGUGCAGUGGGAUGUGGAUACUAUCUAUUUAACACAAGACAGCAGAGAGCUCAACCUACAGGACUUCAGCCAUUUGGAAAACAGGGAUCUGGUGGCUAUAAUAGCAGUCCUGGAGUUUAAUCAGUGGUUCACCAAGCUCUCCACCAAGGACUACAAACUAUCUGCAGAUGUGUGUGAGCAGAUCCUUCGGGUAGUGUCUCGAUCCAGUCGACUAGAAGAGUUGGUUCUGGACAACGCAGGACUCAAAACUGAUUUUGCCCAGAAGCUAGCAGCUGCCCUGGCCCAUAACCCCAGCUCAGGACUCACCACCAUUAAUCUUGCCAACAACCCACUGGAGGACAGAGGUGUCUCCUCCCUGGGUGCCCAGUUUGCCAAACUUCGUAUUGGGCUCAAGCAUUUAAACUUCUCCAAAACCUCACUAUCACCCAAAGGGGUGAACAGCCUUUGUCAGUCACUGAGUGCCAACCCGUCCAUCCCCAGCAGAAUGGUCCACCUGGACCUCUCAGGGAAUGUCCUCCGAGGAGAUGACAUGCAGCAUUUCUACAACUUCCUGGGUCAACCCAACAGCCUGGCCAUCCUUGACCUCUCCAACACGGACUGCUCAUUGGACCAGGUUUGCUCGGCUCUGCUGCGAGGUUCGGUCCAACACCUCUCUGUUCUCAACGUGUCAAAGAGUGUCUUCCCUCACAGGAAAGGCAAAGAGGUGCCUCCAUCAUUUAAGCACUUCUUCAGCAGUGCCAUGUCUCUCAGCUCCAUCAAUGUGUCAGGAACCAAGCUGCCGCCAGAGGCCCUCAAAGCUCUCCUGCUUGGCCUGGCCAGUAACAUCAACCUGAAAGAAGUUUCUUUAGACCUCAGCUGCUGUGAGUUGCGUUCAGGAGGUUCUCAGAUCCUUGAAGGUUGUAUUGCAGAGAUCCCAAACAUCUCCAGCCUAGACAUCUCUGACAAUGGCCUGGACUCAGAUUUGGCCACGUUGCUGGUGUGGCUGGCCAAGAACAGAUCCAUCCGACAUCUCUCCCUGGGGAAGAACUUCAACAACAUCAAGUCCAAAAACCUCGCCCCAGUGUUGGACAGCCUGGUCCAUAUGAUUCAGGAAGAAGAGUCGCCCCUCACCUCACUGUCCCUCGCAGACUCCAGAUUAAAGAGUGACCUGACCAUCGUUUUGAAUGCUCUGGGCAGCAACGCCUCACUCACCAGGCUCGACAUCAGCGGGAAUGCCAUGGGGGACAUGGGAGCCAAGAUGCUGGCCAAGGCGCUUCAGAUCAACUCCAAACUCAGGACUGUGAUCUGGGAUAAAAACAACACAAGCCCUCAGGGUCUUCAGGAUGUAGCAGCUGCUCUGGAGAAGAACUUUACCAUCCGUUUCAUGCCCAUCCCCAUCAUCGAUGCCUCCCAGGCUCUGAAGGCUGGCCCAGAGAAGACAGAGGACGCCUUGCUAAGGAUUGAGAAUUAUUUGUACAGGAACCAUGAAACCAGAAAAUACCUACAGGAGCAGGCGUAUCGGCUGCAGCAGGGCAUUGUAACAACAACCACACAACAAAUGAUUGAAAGGAUUUGUGUGAAGGUGCAGGACCACCUGAACUCUCUGAGGAACUCUGAGACAGAUGCCAUCUUGGAGGACGUCAGAUCAGCAGAGAACCUCAUCAAAGAUGCCAGAAACUCUAAAACUCUGCUCCCUAACCUCUACCACCUGGGAUCAGCAGCCAGAGAGGAGGUGAACAGCUCGUCAGUAGGACCCAUCCAGGAGAAACUGGAGUCGAUGGCGGGGGAGGUGACGACCGUCAUGGACCAACAACUGCAGGCUCUGUUGGAGUCCAUGGUUGAUGCUGCAGAGUCUUUGUGUCCUCACGUGAUGAUGAGGAGUAAUCUACGUCCAGAGCUAAUGAAGGCCAGCUCAGCCAAGAUGGUUGUGCCCAAAAGCUUUGUGACCAAAACCCUUCUGGAGCAGUCUGGAGUAGAUAUUAUCAACAAGAUCAGUGAGGUGAAACUGAGUUUGGCCUCCUUCCUAUCCGAUCGCAUUGUUGAUGAGAUUUUGGAAGCACUGUCCUCUUCCCAACUUACCCUGGCUGACCACCUGGUGCGGCGAGGUCGCCCUUUGGUGCAGCAGGAAUCAGUAGAUCUGGACGUUCCAGAGGAGAAGAUUCCUAAACGGGCAUCAACAGAGAUACUGGAGGCUGAGAGGCUGGAAGAUCUGGAGACAUGCAUGAUGACUCCUAAAUCCAAGAGGAAGAGUAUCCACAGCAGAAUGCUGCGGCCUGUCUCACGUGCCUUUGAGAUGGAGUUUGACCUGGACAAAGCCCUGGAGGACGUCCCUGUGCAUGUUGAGGACUCUUUAUCUCGAACUCCCGCUACUCCCCCUACUCCAUCUCAAAUCCUGUCAAAACUGGAGCAACGUACACCGGGGGGGAUGGUGGAGCUGCCGUCUGAGGAGGAAAAGAAGCUGCAGCACUUCACCAAGCUACGACCCCGACGGAACAAGAAAAUGCAUUCUAGCAAAGUACCUCAAAUCAACAGUACUCCAUCUCAGGAUGGGGAGCAGAACGGCCUCAUGGGAAGGGUUGAUGAAGGUGUUGAUGAGUUCUUCUCUACUAAAGUCACAAAGAUGGAUUCUAAGCGUUCCCUGAAGAGUUCAGAAUCUCAGGAUGGAGAGAAGAAGAAGAGUAAAGGAGGAUUCCUCAACCUCAUUAAACGUUCCUCCAAAUCAGAUAAAGCAGAUAAGUCUGAGAAAAACCCGCCGCCCUCUUCAUCUUCUGUAACCUCAACGCCAGCUCCUACAAUCCCUGAAGAGCCCUCCUCACCAAAGAUGGCAGUAAGGAGCCCAGCACCGGAGCCAAAAUCCAGGGACGCCUCCAGCCGCUCGCAGCACACAGACUACAGCAGCAGCUCUGAUCGCUCAGAGGAGCUGAGGACUCCAGACUCCAUUGACGAGCCUUGGGAGAGCUCAGACGGUCGGGGCAGUCCUCAGGGAGGUCGACGGUAUCCAGGGUUACAGAUGAUGGGAAGUGGUCUGCUAGCAGAGAUGAAGGCCAAGCAGGAGAGGCGAGCUCACAAGUCUUCCAGCCCGGACAGGCCUGACAGCAAUGCAACAGCAGCCAAAUCGCAGCCAACGGUUUCAGAGAGCAGGUCUUCUGGUGCCCCAGUUAAUAAAUCAGAACCUCGGACUGGUUCUCCGGAGAAUACCCCAUCUCGUGUCGAAGCCAAGCCAGAGCCGGCCCCUCGUCUCAGGGCUACAUCCUCCUCCAGUUCCCCUGGAGGACCAGUGAGUCCCAAACCACCGGUGCCACAGGGGGCAAAGCCUGCACUGGCUGCACGACCCACAAUCCCACAGAAACCGAGGAGCGCCAGCAGCAGCAGCACCAGGAGCCUGGAUGAGGGUCCAGAACCACCCAGCAGUGGCAGCGUGUCUCCUAAAGCCUCAGCUCUUCCUUCAACUCUGAAGAGGAUUCAGUCAGAGAAAGAGAAAGACGGACAGACCGGUCUACAGCCAGCAAACAAAACCACUCAGGACGUGAGGGCGGGCUCUGUGUCAGACUCUCUGCAGCGACCUAGCCCUCUCCGGACCAACUCUGAGGAUCACAGCUCUUUCAAGACCAAGGACCAAUCUCCCAACCGGGACAAGGACAAGACAGCGCGCAAAAAAUCCUCAGACUCUGGAGAGGAGGCGGACAAAGAGUUUAUUUUAAUAUGAGUGAGACAAAAUGGUUGAUAAGCCUCACCUUUAUGAAAUCAAACGUGGGGGGAAUAUGAUCAUCAUAUUUUCAUCUAUAUCAGAGGUUGGAUCUUUCAGACCUCAAAUUAUGAAUCACACUUGGUUUGCAGGAAGAUCUGCUGGAGUAUCAGGUAAUACAACACUUCAUACUGAAAUUAAUAAGGUUGUCAAUUAUAUGGUUUCUUUAUUUUACCGUUGGAGAAAUAUCCUCAAAUCAUUUUUCAGUUAUAAAAUGUCACCAAGUAAAACAAAACUAAGAGCUUCCUUCUCAUUUAAAGCCUCUUCACUUGUUCUGUUCCUUUUCUCUGCUGUCAGGUGAAAACAUCUCGCCUCUUAAGUAAUAAUCUUUACAGGAUUUAAUUAAAUGGGCUUUGGGUUUGUUAA